AUGUCUGUCUGCUACCGUCCGCCUGGGAAUGAGACGCUGCUGAGUUGGAAGGGCUCGCGGGCCACCGGCACUGCCUUUCUCCUGCUGGCGGCGUUGCUGGGACUGCCAGGCAAUGGCUUCGUAGUGUGGAGCUUGGCGGGCUGGCGGCCCACCGCCGGGCGGCCACUAGCAGCCACACUUGUGCUGCAUCUGGCGCUAGCCGACGGCGCGGUGCUGCUGCUCACGCCGCUCUUUGUGGCCUUCCUGAGCCGACAGGCUUGGCCCCUGGGCCAGGUGGGCUGCAAGGCAGUGUACUACGUGUGCGCGCUCAGCAUGUACGCCAGCGUGCUGCUCACCGGCCUGCUCAGCCUGCAGCGCUGUCUAGCGGUCACUCGGCCUUUCCUGGCUCCCCGACUUCGCAGCCCGGCCCUGGCCCGCCGCCUGCUGCUGGGGGUCUGGCUGGCCGCCCUGGUGCUCGCCGUCCCGGCCGCGGUCUACCGCCACCUCUGGGGUGAUCGCGUGUGUCAAUUGUGCCACCCAUCGGCCGUGCACGCUGCAGCUCAUCUGAGCCUGGAGACCCUGACUGCCUUCGUCCUGCCUUUUGGGACCGUGCUCGGCUGCUACGGCGUGACGCUGGCGCGGUUGCGGGGAGCGCGCUGGGGCUCGGGGCGACAAGGCACGCGGGUGGGUCGUCUGGUGAGCGCCAUCGUACUGGCCUUUGGCUUGCUCUGGGCCCCCUACCACGCGGUCAAUCUCCUACAGGCCGUGGCCGCGCUCGCUCCGCCGGAAGGACCCCUAGCCAGGCUCGGUGGGGCGGGCCAGGCAGCGCGCGCUGGAACUACAGCCUUGGCUUUCUUUAGUUCCAGCGUCAACCCGGUGCUCUACGUCUUUACUGCGGGUGAUUUACUGCCGCGGGCGGGGCCUCGGUUCCUCACUCGACUCUUCGAAGGCUCUGGGGAGGCCCGAGUAGGCAGCCGCUCUAGGGAGGGUACCAUGGAGCUCCGAACUACUCCUAGGCUGAAAGUAGUGGGUCAGGGCAGGGGCUAUGGAGACCCUGGAGGUGGGGGCAGGAUGGAGAAAGACAGUCAGGAAUGGUAG